AUGAGCCAUAUUGCUAUGAUUUACUGUUCUAUGGAAAGUUGUUUGAGCAUUUUCGAGUCACUGCACGAAACGGGGACCUGUUUACUAGAAACAACUGCACUGCAUGUUGAUGGAGAAAGUGUUAGAUCAGGUGGAUGCUCCAUUUCCUCGAGCUUCAAAGUCAGAGGAUGCAGUGAUAAAUCUUGGCAGAAACCAGGGGGAAGGUUCUCAGGCAGCAGUGUCGGGUGGGCAGCCAUUCUUCUCCAGUAUUUGCAUUUUGCAGAGAAGUUUAAUUUGAUCCGGCUGAAAGGACAAGAGAAAUGCGACCAUCCACGACGAAGUUUCACACAUGUGCUACCUACUCCAGCUGAUGCAAAACGUCCAAAUUCAAGAAUAAACACUGCUGUCAUCCAAUCAAAUCCUACUAGCCUUGGUGGAAGCAGCCGGAAUUUAUGGAAUUCAUCCCCACUGGACACUGAUAUGCCUGAGAAAAAUUUUAUGGAUGAUAACUUGUCAGUACCCACUAAAAAUCACAGUUGA